AUGCAUUUAAUCGAAAACAACGGAGCCCCCACAGAGACAGAGAAGGAAAUCGUCGUGUCCCCUGUUCGAAUUGCACGAGCUGACAAGCUUGCCGCGUCGACAGCCUCUCCAAGCCUGUCGCCCGUGUGUGCAACCGGCGACGAGAAGUUUCGCUGGCGAACGCAAGGCGUCGGGAUGCGGCGCAACAGCGAAAGCGAGGCGAGGAAGGACGAGGCGUGGCUCACCGUCACCGUGUUCUACCAGCGACCGACGGAAACCCUCCACGUCCGGGUUCUUCGGGUCCACCACGCGUCGCCGAGCCAAGACUGCUUCGUGAAGCUCAGACUCCUCCCGGAUAGGACCACUCGGUCGACCAGCGUUAAGAAGGAUGACGCCGAACCACUUUUCGACGAAGAAUUCGUGUUUCCUCUGACGAAGGAGGGCUCCUCGCUAGGACAAGGGCACACGUUGGAGUUGAGCUUAUGGAGCCUGGGACCGUCUCACAAGACCGAAUCGGUCGGCUCUGCCCAGAUCCCCCUGGAUUCCAUGGCCCUCGAUAUGGGUAGAGCCUUCACCAUGAAACGUUUUCUCACUCAUAGCACCAAGACAAAGCUGGAGAUCCACGUGAUGACGGAGGGGAAGCUGGGGUCGUCGGAGUCCAUCGGGAAGGUGGUCAUCGGUGCCGACGUCCCCGAGCCGGAGAGGAGCCAUUUCGUGGAGAUGCUGUCCUCGUCCACUGGCGUCGUCCCGCGGUGGCAUUGCCUCGCUCCGGCCGAAUGA